AUAUCAUCAUCAUCUCUGUAAGGCCAUGACAACAAUCACUGAUGUGAAAUACUACUACUUGUUCCUCUUCUUUCUCUGGCUCUUCUCAACCUUUCUCCUUCGAUAUAUCUUCAAAAAAUCAACAAAUAAGGAUGGAAGCAACCAUCUCCCUCCGAGCCCGCCGUCACUUCCAUUGGUUGGUCACAUCCACCUCCUAAGAAAAGAGAUUCACCUCUGCUUCCAAAGACUUGCCAUCAAAUACGGCCCUCUCUUGUAUCUCCGCUUAGGUCCUUUUAAGUUCGUUCUUGUGUCUUCCGCGUCUAUGGCGACCGAGGUGUUCAAGUCCCACGACGUCGCGUUUUCAUCGAAGCCUACCUCGGUCUUCAAGGACCGGUUGAUAUUUGGGAAUAUAGGGUUUAUCCUUUCUCCUUAUGGAGAUUACUGGAGGUACUUGAAGAAAUUGACGGUCACUGAGCUUUUUACCGCAAAACAACUUCAGAGAUCGCGCAAUGUUAGACGGGAGGAGCUACACCGGUAUUUAAAGAAAGUAUUGGAGAAAGCGAGGGGAAACGAGGUGUUCAAUGUCAAGAUGGAGUUGAUGAAGAUGACCAACAACACCAUAUGCAGGAUGGCUAUGAGCACGAGAUGUUCGGAGGAAGAUAAUGAGGCCGAACAGGUGCAGGAGGUUGUUUUUGGGUCGUUUGAGUUGGCUAUGAAGACUGCCAUCGUAGCGCUGGCAGGACCUCUGAGAGGAAUCGUUAAUUGGAUGUAUGGGGGAGAGGAGAUGGAGAUGGAUAGAAAGUGCGACGAGUUGUUGGAGAGAAUGUGGAAGGAGCAUGAAGAGAGAGCGAAGCGAGAAGGUGUUGAUAGAGAAGAUAAAGAUUUGAUGGAUAUUUUCAUGGAAGCUUAUCAUGAUACAAAAUCCGAGUUCAAGAUUACCAAGAACCAGAUCAAAGCUUGCAUUCUGGAUAUCUUCAUUGCAGGAACAAGUACAUCUACAGAUGCUAUGCAAUGGAUGAUGACGAAUCUAAUCAAUCAUCCUAAAAUAUUUGAAAAAGCAAGAGAAGAGAUAGAUUCAGUGGUGGGAAAUGACAGACUGGUUGAAGAAACAGAUCUUCCAAACCUCCCAUACUUGCAAGCUAUUGUGAAGGAAGCACUAAGACUAUACCCACCAGGAUCUCUUUUGCCAAGAAAAACCUACAAAGCCUGUCAACUCUCAGGCUAUGAUAUUCCCAAGGACAUCAUGGUAGUUUUCAAUUUAUAUGCCAUAAUGAGAGACCCUGAAGCUUGGGAUAAUCCAGAUGAAUUCAUCCCUGAAAGAUUCUUGUCUUCCAAUAACGAAAAAGCAAAUCAAAUUGCCAACCUUCUCACUUUUGGUGCCGGAAGAAGGAUGUGUCCUGGAUCAACCUUAGCUCUUACCAUGAUGAACACUACUAUUGCAUCAAUGGUUCAAUGCUUUGAUUGGAAGGUUGGUAUGGAUGGAGAUAAAGUACUGAAUACGGAACCAAAAGCCGGCUUCCAUUUGUCGCUUGAAGAGCCUCUUCAGUGUCGUCCAAUCGUUCGGUUCAAUCCAUUUUCUUCUUAAACAAUGAAGGAAGGAUUGUAAAACAACUUCUAAUUAUGUUUUUGUGUGCUUGUUUUGCUUUCCUAAUUAUGUGUUGGUUGAUGAAAUAAACUAUCAAGACUUGCUUGUAGUACGUAAUAUAUGAUCGUCAACAGUUAUGGUACGUAAUAUAUAUAUAUGUCCCUAUUUUCAUUUUGUGGUAAUUU